UGCAGGCACUGAUCAUGUGGCCACACUUUAGCAGAUUAUCUAGGAUUAGCUGUUACAAGCCAAAUACAGACCACUACAAUUAUCCAGUCCUCAACUCCACCUUAAUGUACAAUACACACUUACUCGAUCACCAAUUCAAGAAGCCCAGUUCUUUGGAACAAAACAUGCUGUGAGACUAGAAAACAGUGGCGUCUGUGUGGCUGCAUCGACUUUAGCAUGUCCAACAUUUAUACAAUAAGAGCUCUACUUUGUGGUCAGUGGUCAUCCAGUGAAAGGCUAGAUGGCAAAACAGUUAUCAUUACUGGAGCCAAUACUGGUAUUGGCAAAGAGACAGCACUGGACCUGGCUAAGAGAGGGGGCAGGAUAAUCUUGGCCUGUAGAGACAUGGACAAAGCUGAAGCAGCACAAAAAGAGAUCAUUGAGAACUCUGGAAACUCAAACAUUGUUACCAGAAAGCUGGAUUUGUCUGACACAAAGUCCAUUCGAGAAUUUGCGGAGUUAAUCAACAGUGAGGAGAAACAAGUGAACAUUCUAAUCAACAAUGCUGGGAUAAUGAUGUGUCCAUACUCCAAGACUACAGAUGGCUUUGAGAUGCAGUUUGGAGUGAACCAUUUGGGUCACUUCCUGCUCACGUUCCUGAUGAUUGAUCUGCUAAAGAGAUCUAGACCAGCCCGGAUCAUCAACUUGUCCUCCAUGGCCCACAAAUGGGGCAGGAUCCAACUAGAGGACAUCCACAGUGAGAGAAGUUAUCACUCCAGAAGGGCCUACGGGCAGAGCAAACUAGCCAACAUCCUGAGCACACGCUCCCUAGCCGAGAGACUCAAAGACACUGGAGUAACAGUUUAUGCAGUCCACCCAGGAAUAGUAAGGACUGAUCUGAAGAGACACAUGAAUUUAGCCCUCCUGAUAUCCUGGAAGAUUGUCAGACCCUUCACCAAGACAGUGGAGCAAGGUGCCCAGACCUCCAUCUACUGUGCUGUGGAGCGAAAGCUGGAAACCGAGAGUGGUGGAUAUUACAGUGACUGUAAACCCUCCAGAUGUACCAGUGCUGCCAGGGACGAUGAGAUGGCAGAGAAAUUAUGGAAACUCAGUUGCCAAAUGCUUGGGAUAACAUGGGACUGAACAUCUUUCAUGAAUAUCCUCAUAAAUAGACUGAAACAUGUUAAUUGUUUGAAAAGAUGUAAGGCGCUUGCCUCAAAUGCUUACACACACAUAAUGUCCUGUAGGUGUACUCUGCAUAUGAAUGCUGUAUAGAGAAUGUUCUGGACUGGACAUGGAACAAUGACUCAAAGUCUUGAAUGAGGUAUUUGCCGGAGCCACUGCACUGUGUUUUUAAAUAAGGCAGCCACCUGUGAGUGAGAGACAGCAUUCAGUCUUGUACAGCUUCAAAGCCCACACCUGAAUGUUUGUGUCUAUAGUCUAUUUGAUUUAACGAUGUCUGCAUGAGUACAGACCUUUUAAAAAAGUUGAUGUUUAUGUUGGAACGAAAUGUUACAUUCCAAGGGUAGAUUUUAAUUGUAUUCAUACAAACUGGGCUUCCCAGCCCAUGGCUCUUUCAUGGGUUCACUUCCCAGCCCAUGGCUCUUUCAUGGGUUCACAUCCCAGCCCAUGGCUCUUUCAGCAAAAACACUCAAAACGUUUCCACUGUCACUGUUAAUGAAGCAUGAACCCCUACAGUGUAUGUAUGGAAAAUUGAAAUUAGAAUUGUGGAAUCCCGAUCUUGUUUUGAAAUGCGUCCAAGCUUCUCUCCGUCAUUUGAACAACAGCUAAUUCAAAGGGGACAAGGACACAUUUUAAAACGCUACAAUGCUAAAUCCCGAAAGUAUACUCAUGAUCGUCCGCAGCAAAAGCCUUUCAAAUAAUUUUUCAAACACCCGGUUUCUGGGUCAUGGAGGAGAGGACAGAGGAUAAAAGUGUAAAGCACUUUGUGACAACUGCUGUUGUAAAAAGCGCUUUAUAAAUACAUUUUGAUUGAUUUUGAUUGAGAGGAUUCAAGGAGAGGACAGAUUUCUCUUUACUGAGUAUCUCCCUACGCCUUCUCUUGCCGGUCAUCCAACCGAUUCCACUCUAUGUACCAAAAACCUAAAUGUGAUUUUUGGAAAAUACAUCGCGACUGAGAUACAAUAUAGAUCAGAUCACUUGGGUUAGCUGUGGGAAGCACAGAAAUAGAAUAACUGUCCUGGUUAUUCUACUAUUACUUCUCUUACUACUCUACUACUGAAGUAGCAUGCAGCACAAACUGCUUAGUCUGAGUGACUCCAGGCAGAGCUUGUUAACUGUGGGAAGCCGCCACGAGAGAGAGGACCUGGUGUAGACCCAAGCUGUAAGAUGGACGUUACAUGCAACUUGAAUAUUUCAAAAUAUUUUAUGUCAAUAUUCAGAUUGAGAUUGGAUUUUGCUGAAAUUGUGCAGCUAUUUUUUGGUUCAUAAACUAAUCAGGGAGGUGUACAUUACCGGUUGUGGUGGCAUAAAUGCCAGGGUGCAUUCAUAUGUUUUGAAAUUGUUGAGAAACGAUGGCUGGCCAUGUUGUAAUGAAAAUGACAGCACUCCUUCAACCCCCUGACAUAUUAUGUAUGCUAUCUCUGUGUUUAUGUAUUGGUGUGCAUGUUUGCAUUAGGUAACAUGUCCUUGUUAGAUACGAUAUAGGUUUGUCUGAUCAUGUAUUAAUAUAAGUCUUGUAAUGUGUAGAAAACCACUGUAGGCGUAGGUGGAGAGGUCUCAGGUAGAGAAAAACUAGAGAGAUGGAGACAAAAGAGGUCAGCCGAUUGAAACCAGUAGCCUUGGGGUUUUUGACAAUUUUCUAAUUCACGUUUAUUGUACCCAGGGUAACAAGUAGCAUUUUUACAGUGAGGUCAUCCACAUCAUCCAAUGCCUCAAGUAGCUUCAUCGGUGCAGCUAGGUCAUCCACUAUAUCCACUACUGCCUCCAACGCCACAACAAUGCUGUGGAGGAAUUUGAAAAAGCUGAGACUGAAUAGGUUGGAUUUUAUGGUGGAACUGACGGUGCUGAUGAGGUUACCUGCCAACCUUGAAUCGUGUCAAUGAAUUGUGCUUCAGCAAGAGCGGUCGCACCUGCGGUCUUGAUCCCCACAGUGAUGCAUUUGUCACUCACAUACUUCUAAAAUGAAAGGCAAAGGCCCUCUUCAACCUGACAACAAAAGGUUGGCUGCCUGUACCCUAUUUGGAAUUUGUAUGCAAAAGAAUUGGAAAUUCUUAUUUUAUUUUUUUACAUAUGUGGAUAUGAAAUCUUCACUUCAGCGAUAGUGACUGGGAAAGUUUAAACAACCGUACUUUGCAAUUUCAUAGUGCAUACAAAAUUGAUAGAGUUACAAGAAAUGGCUACAUUAAGUUAUAUCAGCAAAAAUGGGGGUUGCACUUUGUUUGGAUUAUCCAAAGAAUCUACAGGUGAUCAUUUUGAGAUGACUCAGAAUUGUUAUCCUUUCAAAAUGAUGAGGUCAGGUUGAUGAACAACAAUUAUAUUUUUUCACUGUCUAUUUAGUUAACAUUUACCAAGGGUGCCAAUAAUUCUGGAGGGCACUGUACAUUUACUGAAAAUGUAGUUGGAUAAAAUUCCAUAAGAAAAUAUUGGCCAGCGAGUGGGAGGGUUUUCAGCAUUUUAAUUGAAUUUCUUCUGAGCAAACAAUUGAACCAUGUCUUCCCGGCCUGUAACACAUCUGCGCAUGUCAAGUCUGAAUACCUACCACUGAGAAGUGCAUAGAAAGGGCAGGUAAACUGCAAGCCAUUGUACUGUCUGCAGAAAGGGUAAUUGGCUGCCACCUGACCUCCAUUGAGGUCUUUCUUGACUUUAGGGCUAGAAUUUAUGUUUGUUCUGCUGAGCUCCCACCUCAUUCACCCAUUGUUACAGAAAUUGGCCUCUGGUAGGCGGAAAACAGGUACACAUUACAGGUCAAAGCAUUCUGCCACCUGAUCAGUUUUAUUCCCCAUAUUCUGCCUUCUGCUUUGAAGAAGCUAAUAGAUCUGCUAGCCCCUUCAAGCUUCGUACUAACUGCAAAUGUAUUAUACAGUACUGCAAUGUAUUGGUACUUUUACAACUCAUGCCCCUUCAUGUCAUAAGCUUAUCAUUUAGUGUAUUGUAUGUACAUAAAGGUAUGUCAACCUAUAAGUAGAUUUUGUGUAUUCUGCAUUGUUUGAUUGUGAUUAUUUGAGUAUUUGGAGGCAGAGCAGCUUUGAAACUCUACUAUCCUGAGACUCAGUUGAGGAUAAAGUUGGCGGUCAUGUUUGUUUUUAUGAAUAGUAUCCAUUUCAGCACCCCGUCUGAACGACCAUGGUUAUACAGAGCACAUAGGCACAGUUACGUUUUUUCUCAAUUGACGUUUGUAUCAGCUGCAAUAAUAUGUUAUGUUGCACUGGAGGUUAUUUGUACACAGUCAGUCAGCAGUCUUCUGUUGUCAUUUUGAUCCUGUUUUGAUCCUCUCUCUUGAACAUGGCCAAUAUAAAAGAGAAUUAAGUUGAGUUACUCAGCCGGGGUAGAGCUUAUCAGUGUUCUGACUGAGUGUCAGGCAGAUCAUACCUUCAUGAAUAGGUUAUUAACGUCUGUGAAUGGGCUACUUCAUCUUCAUGUUAAGUCCAAGGCAACUCCGAAUUCAGAAAUCUUCAAUAAAACUGAGCAAAAGAAGGAGGACGCAGUUUGAAACUCAAAUUCAGGUUGGAUCCAUAUUUUUCCCCACAAUUAUUGCUUGUUUUGUAUGCAUUGAAGUCAGAGGUUAGAGAGUGCUGAGUCCUCAGCUACUUUCAGUGCGCAUCAAUCUCAUAGGCCAACUAUUUCAUUAGGUAUUUGUUCAUUUAUUACAUUUACAGCUCAAUUACAUCAAAGUCCUGGAAUGACGCUUCAUUUGUGUAACAGUGCCUUUGAGUCCAUCACCAUGUUUAAGUGGUCAGUUUUAAUAAUUUGCUGAACCAUUUUGACAAGUUGUGAUCACAUGACCAACUACUGUAGGUAACCACGAGCGAUCAGCUAAUGACCAACCUGCUCACCAGGCGUUAUCAGCCAGUGAUUAACUGGGUCAUCCAGAGGGGUCAGACAAUGAGGUUUGAAGGCCCGCUCAUUUGAUUACAUUAUAUUGGUUGAUGCUUUCCAUGGUAUCAUACCUUUUUAUAAAUAAUGUUGAAUCCCAAAUCGCCCCCUAUCAUUCUGCAUCCACCCAAAUCGCCCCCUAUCCUUCUGU